AUGACGCUUGUGCUUCUCCAGCUGGCGAUGCGUCUGGUUGUGAUCAGUGGCUUUGGGAUCAAUCUGAUGCAGUUGCCCGGCGAGGACAAGUCACAGGUGGCAUGCACCUUGGCACUGCUCCGCAAGUACUUCGACUACAGUGAUGCCCUCUCCGGGUCUGUGCUCUGUGUGAGCAUCACGCCGUAUAAUCGGGAUGUGCAGGAGAGAUUGCUGCAUGGACUGAACCAACAUGAGGAUUUCCCCUGGACACUGUUGACAACGAGGCCACAGGAAAAGGAUAAGGGAAAGUCGCAAUUGGAGCUGAAACUGUUGCAUGAGAAACCUCAGUGUUAUUUUCUCGUUGUGGGAGACUUGGAGGAGGAGGAUUUGCAGGAGACCUUUGCUCAUUGGAAGCGUAUGCUGAACUGGAAUCCCUUUGCCCAGUUCGUGGUCUAUUUGGCGGCUGUGGAGGAAACUGAUGAGGAUAUGACAGAUUUAAUGGUGGAAUUGCUCUUGACAUUUAUGAACAAUAAAUUAUACAAUGUGAAUGUGAUUGGACAGAGCGAGGAGAAUGAAUUCUACUAUGCCAAGACAUCGUUUCCCUAUCAUCCGGAUAACAAUUGUGGUAACCGUGUUAUAGCCAUCGAUCUGCUGGAUGCCUGUAGCUAUGAGGAAAACGAGCAGGAAGGGGAGGAAGAAGAAGAAGAAGAAAACUAUAAUAAAACUGACAUUCCAAUGGAAAGAUGCUUUAAUCCGGAGAAUACUCUAGAAAACAACAGCUCUAAUCAGAAUCUAGCUGCAGUUGAAAUUGAGGAAUAUAUACGUGCCAGAUUUGAGGAUAAAUUUCCCCACGAUCUCAGCGGUUGUCCCAUCCGAGCUGCCUAUCGUGGCUCCUGGGAGCCAUACAUUUUUACCAUCAGCAGUGAUACGGACUCCGAAUCCUACCACGAACCCAGCACUGACGAAACGCCUAACGAAUCCGCCUCACAAUAUGAUGACAGCUACAUCGAUGUGGAGGAAUAUCAUAAUGUUGAGCAUGUUGAUUCAAACAAUGGCCAAGUGGAUGAACCAAUAGGCCAGGCCAAGUUAACAGGCCUAGAAUAUCAGCUGUUAGAAACGAUUGCCCAGAGAUUACAUGUGACCAUCGAGUUCACCAUGCAGAGCAGCAAUGUGUUUCACCUGUUCCAGCAGCUGAUCGAGGGUAAAAUCGAUGUGAUCGUGGGAGGCAUCGAUGAGGAUCCGAGCAUAAGCCAGGUUGUGUCUAGCUCCACUUCCUAUCACCAGGAUGAGCUCGCCUGGUGCGUGGCCAGGGCGAAGAGGAAGCACAGUUUCUUCAAUUUUCUGGCUGGCUUCAAUACAUAUGCCUGGUGCCUAUUGCUGAUCUUCAUCAUCUCCAGUUCGCUGGCUGUGCUGGCGGCUCAAAAGGUCUCGGGAUUUCGUCUCAAUAGUUUGCCCAACUUUUUUUCCAUCUCUAUAAGAAUGCUGGGCAUUCUUUUAACCCAGGCAAUUAAUGUUGAUGCCCAAGCGAUGCCUUUGGUACUGCGAAUGCUCUUUGCUCUCGCCUUCUACAUGGCCUUCUUCUUCAGCAAUACUUAUCAGAGUUUCCUCAUUACCACACUGACAACGCCAACGACUCAAACACAAAUCAGUCACCUCGAGGAGAUCUACGGCAAUCGCAUGACCAUUUUGGUCAGUUCGGAGCAUGUGCGGCAUCUCGAUAAGGAGGGCGAGACCUUCAAGUACAUACGUGAAAAGUUUCAAAUAUGCUACAAUAUUGUGGAUUGUCUGAAUGAAGCGGCUGAUAACGAACACAUUGCCGUAGCCGUAUCCCGUCAGCACGCUUUUUACAAUGCCCGGAUACAGCGGGAUAAGCUCUAUUGCUUCGAUCGUCGGGAAUCCUUGUAUGUUUAUCCCGUGGCCAUGUUGCUGCCCAAGAAAUUCCAAUUGUUACAGCAAAUAAAUGGGAUCAUACAGAAUGUCAUUGAAUCGGGUCACAUGCAGAAAUGGGCAAGGGAUCUGGAUAUGGUUCGUCUGAUUCACGAGAAGAUUGCCCGUGCCCAGGAGGAUGACUUCAAGUCGCUGAAUCUCUCCCAAUUUCACGGCGCCUUUGCCUUUGCCAGUGCUCUUCUUCUGCUGGCCAGCGGUGUCUUUGCCCUGGAAUCUCUGGUCUACUGGUCGGUGAUCAAGAGACGCACUCGCCUCAGGCCACUACGUUGGUGCCAUCGUCGAUUUCGCUAGUCCUGCGCAUUACGCAUACGCCAAG